AUGGACACUAGCCUCUCCUACCUUCACACUCCCCAAUUCCUGAACACGGUUCUUGAUACCAUGACCUUUUUCGAGAUACCCAUACACAUUCUCGGGGUGUACUGUAUACUGUGUAAAACUCCGGACUCUAUGAAGUCGGUAAAAUGGAGCAUGUUCAAUUUGCUCAUCUGGAGUCUUAUCCUGGAUCUCGGAAUCAGUGUACUGACGUCUCCGUUCCUGCUGUUCCCAACGUUCUCUGGAUAUCCUCUAGGGAUUCUAAAGUAUAUCGGAGUGUCUACAGAAAUUCAGACUUACAGUAUUGUGAUGGUUUAUGCAAUGGUCGGCACAGCAAUCCUAACUUUGUUUGAAAACCGCUACUUCCUAAUGUUCGCUCGGUAUCAUGCCUGGAAAAACUAUCGGAUCAAGUUCCUUAUCAUCAACUACUUCCUGGCUUCUUGUUUCUUCAUUCCCGCGUAUUUUGCGAUUCCAGAACAAACUGAAGCGUUGCGAAAAGUGUUCGAGGUUCUCCCCCAAUUACCUGAUGUCAUUUUAAACGCACCGUUGUUCGUGCUAGCCAACGAUUUGGGUUUAGUCUUACUUUCCGUGCUUUUCAUGACGAUUUUGUUAGUUUCUGAAAUUGGAAUUCUCGCAUUACUACUGUAUUUGAAUAUGAAGAAAAGAACGAGACGGAUGGCUACGUCACAGUAUACGCUGAAUUUGCAGAAGAAGUUUCUACGGUCAAUAUAUUUGCAGGUCUCCACACCAUUUCUCAUCCUCAUCACUCCUCUUUCCUACACAUUCUUCUCUGUGGUCUUUGGAUUUUACAACCAAGCCGCCAACAACAUGUGCACAAUCUUCUUCGCACUACAUGGACUUGUAUCCACACUGACGUGUAUUCUAAUUCACAAAACGUAUCGAAAGUCUUGUUUCUCAUUGCUCACGUUCAAUAUUCUUCAAAAAGGGACCACCUCGAGUAUUGUGGUCCCUAGUCGAUCGAAUCGAGGAACUUUUCCAUCUGCCUCUGGAAAUGCGAACUCGAAAGUGAAGACCCUGAUUUAUAGCGUUAACCAAAAAAUUCGAGUUUGA